AUGCUCGAUAGCAAUUACAGCACGGGAGACAAUUUGGGAUUUCUACUGACUGGUUUCCCUGGACUUGAAAACAUACAGCACUGGUUUGCUGGUCCUUUUUCCAUAACGCUACUAAUAGCAUGUUUUGGUAACAUAGCACUUCUUUUCAUUAUAGCUACAGAACAAAGCCUCCAUGAGCCCAUGUACUACUUUAUUUUCAUGUUAUCAGCUGCAGAUCUUGCUGUUGCCCUUAUUCUUUUACCUAAGCUUCUAAAUGUGUUAUGGUUCGGCUCACAGUAUUUAAGUUAUAAUGCUUGCAUUGUGCAACUAUUUUUUAUUUCCUUUUUUACUGCACUGGAGUCAUCCAUGUUAGUACUAAUGGCUUAUGACCGUUAUGUAGCAGUGUGUAAUCCUCUUAGAUACAAAACAAUAAUGGAAAAUCAGUUUGUAUUAAAAAUAAUGUGUUUUGCUGCAGUUAGGUGUCUUUGUAUGACACUACCUUUUCCAGUGCUUGCUAACAUUUUGCCAUAUUGUGGAGUAAGUAUUAUCCAGAAUGUAUACUGUGAUUAUCUUUCAGUAAUCAGAGCAGCAUGUGGCCAUACAGUCAUUAGUGACAUCUAUGGCUAUAUUUUUAUAGUCUUAUCAGAUGUGCCUGAUGUAACUUUGAUUGGGUUGUCCUAUUAUAAGAUUUUCAGAAUUGUAUUAAAAUCAGGUUCAAGAGUAGCUUACCAGAAAGCAUUUAAUACUUGUAGUCCACAUUUUUGUGUAAUUUCAAUUUUUUAUUUUUGGGGACUUCUGUCAGUAAUUAUUAUAGAUUUCAGAAGGGAAUUUCCAGAAUACUUGCAUGUAUUGUAUUCAGUUCUAAGUUUUACAGUACCAUUCACAUUAAACCCUAUUAUAUAUGGUAUAAAAGCAAAAGAGAUCAGAAGAGUAAUAUUAAAAUUGUUAAGGAGUUAUUAA